UCCAUCAAGAAACCACACAUAUCUUAGAGAAAUGAGAGAGGAUAAUUGCGACGAGAAAACGCGCGUUCUGGUGAUUGGUGGGACGGGGUCGUUAGGGAGGAGGAUUGUAACGGCUUGUUUGACUGAAGGACACGAGACUUACGUUCUGCAGCGGUCAGAGAUCGGAGUGGACAUUGAGAAGGUGCAGCUACUUCACUCUUUCAAAAGACUCGGCGCACGUCUAGUUGAAGCUUCAUUCUCCGACCAUCAGAGCCUUGUCUCCGCUGUGAAGCAAGUCCAUGUUGUUGUCUCGGCCAUGUCGGGUGUUCAUUUUUGCAGCCACAAUAUUCUUGUUCAGCUCAAGCUUGUCGAAGCCAUCAAAGAGGCCGGUAACAUCAAGCGCUUUUUACCAUCCGAAUUUGGAAUGGAUCCACCGCGUAUGGGACAUGCGUUUCCCCCAGGAAGAGAAACAUUUGAUCAAAAAAUGGAAGUACGAAAUGCAAUUGAGGCCGCUGGAAUCCCCCACACGUACAUUGUUGGCGCUUGUUUUGCCGCGUACUUUGCAGGAAAUCUAUCUCAAAUGGGAACUUUGAUUCCUCCAAAAGAAAAAAUCAAUAUUUAUGGGGAUGGAAAUGUUAAAGUGGUAUUCGUGGAUGAAGAUGAUAUCGGAAAAUAUACGGCAAAGACACUUAAUGAUCCCCGAACGAUUAAUAAAACCAUGUAUGUUAGACCUGCAGAUAACAUUCUCACGCAAAUGGAACUAGUUCAAAUAUGGGAGAAACUAUCCGGAAAAGAAUUGUAAAAGACCUAUAUUUCUGCAAAGGAAUUUCUUGCCGACAUUGAAGAUAAGGAUAAGGGCAUAGCACACCAAGCAGGAUUAGGACACUUCUAUCACAUAUUCUAUGAAGGUUGUCUCACAGAUCAUGAAGUCAGAGAUGACGAUGAAGUUUCGAGACUCUACCCGGAUGUGAAGUACACUCGUAUGGAUGAAUCUCUGAAAAUAUUCAUCUAAUUACGUUCUGGUCAAUUCAAAAUACAUACAAAUA